CCGAGGGUUGCAGGAGCCAAAGCCUCUCCGGAGUUUCCAGCCUCUUCCAUCCCUGGGGAUUUUGUUGUUGUUGUUGUUGUUGUCCCAUCUCACAGGGUGACCGGUUGCUGCCUCUGGCGAGAUGGUGGCGGAAGCGUUGAACCCAGCGCAUCACAACAUGAGCAGCAUACUUUCGGAGACCAUGCCAGCGGCCACGGUCCCGCUGCUGCUGGUUACGGCUUUCCUCUUCCUCAUGUGGUCGUACGAAGAGACCUCGUCCAUCCCAGGGCCCGGCUACUGCAUGGGCAUCGGCCCGCUCCUCUCCCACGGAAGGUUCCUCUGGAUGGGUGUGGGCAGUGCCUGCAAUUACUACAACGAAACCUACGGCGAGUUUAUGAGAGUCUGGAUCAACGGCGAAGAGACCCUCAUUAUUAGCAAAUCUUCAAGCAUGUUCCAUGUCAUGAAACAUGGGCACUACAUCUCCAGAUUCGGAAGCAAACCUGGUUUGAAGUGUAUCGGCAUGCAUGAAAACGGAAUCAUAUUUAAUAACAACCCGGCUCUUUGGAAGGAAAUCCGCCCAUUUUUCACCAAAGCUCUCUCAGGCCCGGGUCUGGGGCAGAUGAUAACCAUGUGCAUUGAAUCCACGACUGAACACCUGAACCGGCUGGAAGAAGUGACCACAGAGGACGGCUACAUCGACUGCCUGAAUCUUAUGAGGCGCAUCAUGCUGGACACGUCAAACAGGCUUUUCCUUGGGAUCCCUCUUGAUGAAAACGCCAUCGUGCUCAAAAUCCAGAAUUACUUUGACGCUUGGCAGGCCCUCCUGCUGAAACCCGACAUCUUCUUCAAGUUUUCUUGGCUGUACAGGAAAUACGAGAAGUCUGCGAAUGACUUGAAGGAGGCCAUUGAAGUCUUGAUCCAGCAGAAGCGGCAGAAGCUUUCCCUGCUGGAGAAACUGGAGGAGCCCAUGGAUUUCACCUCCCAGCUGAUUUUUGCACAGAGCCGUGGGGAACUCACCGGUGAGAAUGUAAACCAGUGUGUUCUGGAGAUGCUGAUUGCUGCCCCUGAUACUCUCUCCGUGACACUGUUUUUCAUGCUGGUGCUAAUUGCAGAACACCCUCAGGUGGAAGACGCAAUGAUGAAGGAAAUACAGGCACAGAUAGGUAACAGGGAGAUCCAAGGUGAGGACAUGCCCAAACUUAAAGUGGUGGAGAAUUUUAUCCUCGAGAGCAUGAGAUACCAGCCGGUGGUGGACCUGGUCAUGCGCAAAGCCUUGCGGGAUGACGUGAUCGAUGGCUAUCCAGUGAAGAAAGGAACCAACAUCAUUCUGAACAUUGGCCGCAUGCAUAAGCUAGAGUUUUUCCCGAAACCUAAUGAAUUCUCCCUUGAGAAUUUUGAGAAGAAUGUCCCUCAUCGCUACUUCCAGCCCUUCGGGUCUGGCCCCCGGAGCUGUGUUGGGAAAUUCAUUGCCAUGGUCAUGAUGAAAACGAUCCUGGUGACUCUCCUGAGGAAGUGCAGCGUCCACUCUCUGAAAGGUCUCCAGCGCAUUCAGAAAAACAACGACUUGUCUUUGCACCCAAAUGAGAGGCAGCCGCUCCUGGAGAUGAUCUUCAUGCCAAGAAUCAAUAGGGACGAGCGUUGCAACGAAGAAUAAGACGGGGCCCCAAAACAUCAGAACACUGAUUGGUUAGGCUGUCUUGAUCAACACUGAUGGGUUGGGCUGUCUCCACACAACAAACUUUCACUCAUUUCAGAUAGAUCCAUUCACUCACUCAGCAAAACUGUCUGUUGCCUCUGAAUAGAUUGCUGACCCAGGAGGCUCUUGGGCAGAACUCAGGUUUUGGACACAGAACUAUAUGUGAAGUAUUUUUUUUUUAUGUAGCAGCAUCUGAUUGCAACAUAAUAAGGAUACACAGGAGGAGUUACCUGUACAAAUUUGUCAUGUCUAUGUGAAAUUCUGUGUUGCUUGUUUCACUCUCUGCAUAAAAGCAAAGACGGUUCCUGGUGUUUUGCAGACGGACAGAGUUGAGUUGGACCACCUCGGCCCUGGGUUGUUGUUUCAAUUGAAUUCUUGUGCCAAAACACACCAGGAAGCAGGAAGAAAACCUGAGGGCGGAAAGUCUGCAGGUUGGACCAUUUUCAGAGUGAAAGAACAGUGGGACUGACAUGUGGUGCCAGGAGGGUGGAGUGGAAAGCUGUACGAGAGCUGAGUCCCCCAGGCGAACGUGCCCAUUCUUCUGGACUCACACGGGGUAAAGGAAAGCAGGACACGUACCACUGGCAUCCUUCAUCCAUUAAGGCAAAGAUGGGUAGCUCUUCAGCAGUUUGGAUGGCAUGUGGACCGCCCAAAGGUGGUGAGUUGGGGCAUUAAAAGUGAAACCAAAAGUGGCCAAAAUAAAUGGGUUGUUUUGUUUUCUUCUUUUGGUGUUUAAACUUUGUGACAUUUUUACAAGGUUCAGUCCUACUCCGGAGAGCCUCUUAGGAGGAGCCAUGGACCCCCUGGCUGUUCCAAGAUACCCAAACACCCCUUCAUUCUGAAUGGUGCACACACAGGUUGCCCAGCUUCUGGAAGACAGAUUUUCUUCCCUAGGCUUGGAGCAAGAGCCAGCUAAGUCUCCCAUGGAACCCUCACAACGCUCCUGGGAAGGAGGUUGGAUGCUGCAAAGCUAAGUUGAAUUGAAACUCUAUUUUGGGGUCAUACCGUUCAAAUUUGGUGAAAAUGUGGGACACAAAUUAAAUAGACAACUAA